AUGGACAGAGCUCGGCACAGGAAGUCGAAGAUUCCUAGUGAAGGAUACUCGCAAAUUCAGAAACCAAGAACUGCACCAAAAUUGGCUUCCGAUUCUAAUAUUUGCAGUGGCGAUACGACUGAGGAAGAUGUGGUUAUGUUUGAGUUGGCACAGAGCUCGUCUAGGCGAGUUACUGGAACACCAAUGAAGAAAUUACUAGCAGAAGAAAUGUUUAAAGAAACUGAAGCCAGGAGAAGAUCUCCUAGUGUUAUUGCCAGAUUGAUGGGUCUUGAUGGGCUGCCAUCUCUGCAGCCUGUUCAUAGACAGCAGAAAAGGUUAUCGGACAGUUAUCAACAGAGGACUGCAUCAAUAGGAAUCCCAAGGAAUGCCCAAUUUUGUGACAGCCGAUCUAACAGCAAGAGCUCAAUGGAGCAGCAAGAAUUCAAGGAUGUGUAUGAAGACUUGGAAGCAUCACAUAUAGCAAAUCGCCGUUACUCAUCGAAAUGGAAUGUGGACUCCAAGUUCACAAAACCAGAAGUAGCAUUCAUGCAAAAAAAGUUUGUGGAUGAGAAGCUUCAACAUUCCAAAGGAUACUUUGACACACUACACAUGCUAGACUCCCGUAAGGAUUUAAUGCUGAAAUCUUAUCAGCAGCCAGAUUAUCUAUUUGUGAAGCAUCUGCGAGAUCUCAAAAGUGAUCAGCCCAGUUCUUUGGGUGGUAAGAUAGCUAUUUUAAAGCCUUCAAAUGCUGCAAAGUAUGAAGGCAGUGCUAAAGGAUGGAAAUCAGAGAGAGAAACUUCAUGUAAGCAUGACAUCAAAACUCAUCGAAGACGUGCGGAUGGCCUUCUACUGCACCCCUACAAUAGUAAUGGUGCUCGUAAUUCUCUCAAGUCGUCAAAAGGUUUAUUAGAAGGGAAGGAUGACAAGGGCGUUCUUUCGACAAGAAUUGUUGUUCUGAAACCUAACCUUGGGAAUGCAAACAUUGGUGUUAAAUCUGUUUUUUCACCUGAUUUUCCACAUGCUUAUCAGUCUGAUAGUAGGAAGCAUAUAGAACUUUCAAGUGUUGGUAUUGGGAAGGCAGGUUCAUGGAAAAACAAAGAAUUAUCUAAUGAUGUGGGGUUUUCAAGACCUCAGUCUGGAGAAGCUAGACAAAUUGCCAAGGAAGUUACAAGGCAAAUGAGAGAGAGCCUCUUCAGUGGGCAAAUCAAUUUCUCGUAUUCUGGAAGUGAGUCUGAGGUAAUAACAUUGAAUUCCAGAAAUUCCACUAACUGGAAUCACCAAAUCAAACAUUCAUCAUUUGGUUCAACUGAGUCAUCUGUAAGUAGGGAGGCAAAGAAGAGACUGUCAGAGAGCUGGAAGUUGACUCAUCGGCAUCCAGAUCUGGGAGUGGUUGGUAGGGGUAGCACACUGGGUGAAAUGCUUGCCAUUCCUGAUAAGAAACCGAGGCCUGAAAAUGUGGAUGCUGUAAUGGUUCUGGAUGGAGUUUGUGAUGUGUUUGGUAGCAGCAAUGGAGCCUCAGGGUGUGACAGUCAUUUGGUUAUUAGCAGUAGGGACGGCUGGAAGGAUGGAUGUAUCAGAAAUUCAUCUAGAUCAAGAUCACGUCCUCUUUUGUCUUUCGACAGUGGAAGUCAUAGAAUAGUUGCACAGCGUGAAGCUUUUGUUGAGGAAAGGUAUCUGAUGCCUAAAGAGGCAAUGGGUCGAAGUAGAAGUAAGGCAGUGAAGGGAAGUCUUGGUCAGAAAGAAAAUGUUUUAUCCAAAAGCUCAAGAUCCAGUCGUAAGAAAUCUCAUUCCUCUCGCAACUCAUAUACUGAUUGUACUGACCCUUUACCUGAAGUCCAUUUCAGCCAGGUUCACGAGGAGAUCAACUUUAAUAGGAGGACUUUAUCUGAGCAACAGCCUAUGGUUUCUCAGACGCAUGAUAAUAAUGACACUUGUGCAAGUUAUGUUGUUGAUGCAGUUGCGGAUGAAGAACGUGAGAGUGUAACGAUACCCUCCAAAUCUUCUGAUGAGUUUCUCCCAGAUUCAUCUGCUUCUUCCUUAGGAAGUGGCAACUCUACUGCUCGUGAUGCAGAGAAUCAGGACCUACAGGUUUGA